AUGGCUCCAAUUGAGACUUACAAGGACACUGUGAACGAGAGUCUAUAUCAGCGUAAGCCCGCCAGUGCUGCUUCUGACGAGAAUAUUACCACAUACACGUGGCAGGACGUGGCCAAGCACAAUACAGCCAAAAGUGCAUGGGUCAUCAUUCGUGGCUUCGUGUACGAUGUCACUGAAUGGGCGGAUCGUCACCCCGGAGGUCGCGAGCUCGUGCUGUUGCACUCUGGACGCGAGUGUACUGACACUUUUAACAUGUAUCAUCCUUUUUCCAACCGUGCUGACAAAAUCUUGGCUAAGUACGUCGUUGGCAAACUCGUUGGAGGCUCCGAGUUCCCGACCUACAAAGCUGACACCGGCUUUUAUAAAGAAUGUUGUGAGCGUGUCCAUCAGUACUUCAAAAACAAUAACUUAGACCCGCGUAGUCCGUAUUCGGGUCUCUGGCGCAUGUUGUUCGUAGCUGCUAUUGGUAUUAUAGCCUACAUGGGCAUGAAUCAGCAAUAUUCGGACAGCAUUUACGCCCACUACGCUUGGGGUGUCCUAUUUGGUGUAUGCCAAGCCCUUCCGUUGCUCCAUGUGAUGCACGAUGCCUCACAUGCUGCCAUUACAAGCAGCCCCACAGGCUGGAGACUCAUUGGACGUUUUGUUAUGGACUGGAUGACCGGAGCUAACAUGAUCUCUUGGCUCAACCAGCACAUUGUUGGUCACCAUGUUUAUACAAACGUUGCUGGUGCCGACCCCGACCUUCCUGUGGACUUUAAGAGCGACAUCCGUCGUAUUAUCCAUCGUCAGGUGCUGUUACCAAUCUACAAGUAUCAACACAUUUACUUGCCUCCACUUUAUGGCCUUCUCGGCCUUAAAUUCCGUGUUCAGGACAUUGUAGAAACAUUCAUCGCGCUUUCGAAUGGACCGCAGCGCGUGAAUCCGCACACGCUUGGAGAUUGGGCAGAGAUGAUCAUAUCCAAGGCUUUUUGGGCAUUUCACCGCAUUUAUAUUCCUUUAAUUGUGUUGCAAGUUGAUCCCGCUCGCUUCUGGGGUGUUUUCUUUCUGGCUGAAUUUGUUACGGGUUGGUACCUGGCCUUCAACUUCCAGGUUAGCCAUGUUUCCACAGCGUGCGACUACCCAGGUGGUGAAAAGGAAGUCACAGCAAUUGAGGACGAAUGGGCCAUUUCGCAGAUCAAAUCGUCGGUGGACUAUGCCCAUGGUUCGUUCCUGACAGCUUUUUUGACUGGUGCAUUGAAUUACCAGGUGACCCACCACCUCUUUCCGGGAGUCUCGCAGUAUCACUAUCCUGCCAUUGCUCCUAUAAUCAUGGACGUCUGUAAGAAGUACAAAGUCACGUACACAGUGCUUCCGACGUUCAAAAAAGCACUGGCGGAUCACUUUAAACAUCUCGCAAUUAUGGGCAAGAUGGGCAAGCGCGUGAGCGUCCACAUGGAAUAUGAAUGGGAAUUACUGAGAAUAACAGAGAUCUUGCAGCUCUAA